CACGUUAUCUUACUGAACAAGAACAAAGGAAAGCUGAUGCAGCUCAAAAACAAAACAAAAAAAGCAAUGAAAAUGAAAGCCAACUUGAAAUUAAUGUCUGGAAAGUGCGGGAACCCAAGAAACUAAAGAACAGCGUCAGCAUAGAUGACAACAAGAUGUUGCUGCACAGCCCCAACGAAGAUCUGAAGAAACUUUUGAAGGUAGUGCUUGCGGAGCCUAAUAUUCCACCAUUUUUAGAUCAUCUCUUCACGAGUCAAGAUGAAUUUAUGCUUGAUAAAGUAAACCCCUAUGCUAAUAGGUUUUAUUCUAUUUCAAAUCACACCCCUGACUUUUCUGUCAAUUUAUCUAUGCAAAUUCAUACAAACAUUCUGGAACUUGAUCAAAGAACACAUAAUACUCCAACUGCUUCUCAAGUGGCUGCAGUUUGGGUUGAAGAAGAUAUAUCCUCUGGUGCGAUUCAGAAACGGGACAUAAUUUUAUGCACAAAAAUAGACAAAUUAGUUCGCAUUUCAGAAUUCAGUGGAUGCUAUGAUCCUCUUGCUUAUCCACUUCUGCUUCCAUACGGUGAGCAAGGUGUUUCACUCACACCUGAAGCUACUACUGAAACUACUAAUGCUAACGAUACUCCAUUGGCUGAUAUAACAAAUAUUAUCGAAUAUUUUAACAAUGAUCUUAUUGACAACUCUAACGAAAACCCUGAUGAUGAUAAUGAAGUUACUGUAACUGACGAAAUAGCACUGUAG